UGUUUGAUCAAUAACAACAUAGCAAUUCACAUCAAAAAACCUGAGAGUGCCAACAUUGAAUAAAUUUGUUAUUAUUUUUCAAAGCAAAUUAAUAUUUCAAAAUGGAAAAAGAAAAACCCCUUUUGCAAAAAUACAAUAUACCAUUAAACCAUUUAGACUUUGCUUACAUAAAGGAAUGCAAAAGUGCGCGAGAAAUGGAAAAAAUCGUAAAGAUUUUGCGUUCCGGCGAAGAAGGUUAUUUUCCCGACUUGAUGCGAUGUGCCGAAGAAAAACUAAAGGAACUAAAACCCGAUAGUAAAUUGUUUCGCUUCGAGGAAGCUAUUCGCAACAGCAGUGUAUUGGAUAAAAAUGAGCUAAAACCCAUAUAUGAUUGGAAUGACGACAUAAAGACAAAGGACAGCGCACUGAACGAGCUGAAAGAGGAAACGAAUGACGACGAUGUCGAGGGCAUGCCGCCUGUGCGAACACCUUGCAAGAUAGAUGUAGACAAGCCGAAUAAUGAAUCCAAACCCAAAUCAGAUUCAUCACAAAAGGCAAAUGAAAAGUCAACGGCGAAAACGAAUGAACAGCGUAUCAAAUCAACGGAUUAUGGGAAAUGGGAUAAAUAUGAUCCGGAUGAGGAAAUUCUACGCAUGGAUUUGGAAGAGGAGCGCACUAAAGAGCAGGCGCAAAUUAAGGUUAAAAAGAUGGCACCCCUGAUUAAAGAGGAACUUGCCAACAUCUGUGAACAGUCGGUUGAGGAGCAACGACUGCAGUGUCAACUCAAGAAGCUGAGUCAUCUGGAGCGUGAACAAUACGGCGAGAAGCAUCGACUGCGUGGAAACGAGUACUUCAAUGUCAAGGAGUAUGACAAUGCUAUUAAGGAAUACACUCGCUCUAUAGUUUAUGAUCCAGAGCAUGCAGCUCGUUCCUAUAACAAUCGCGCUUUGUGCUAUAUAAAGCUACAAAAUUAUCUGGCUGCUAUAGAUGAUUGUGAAGGCUGCUUGAAGUUGGAACCCGACAAUGUGAAAGCUCUACUUCGUCUGGCCGAUUCCAAUUAUGCUCAUGGCAGACGUCGCGAGUCCCACGACAUCUAUCAACGUGUGCUGAAUGUUGAUCCCAAUAAUGCCAACGCUCUCAAGGCUCUUGGGCAGCUGCGUGCUCAGCUAGGAGAACUAGCUCCAGCUCAUGCCACACGCAUGAUUAUCGAGGAGCUGCCAGUGGAGAAACCAAAACCCAAGGCACAAGUUAAACCGAUUGCAAAGCCCACAAAACCAGCCAAGGAAUACGAUUUGGCCGAGUUGGUAAAACCAAAUCGUGUGGUUAAGAGUAAAAUGCUUAGCGCCGCUGAAGCUUUGGGUGGACAACUGAAGGGCAGCAAGACAACCGAACAAAAGAAUCCACAGCACUCACAGCAUCCACUCUUGAUCCAUCCACAGAUGCCCUCGGCACAGCCUGAGCUGCGUCUGCCCCACGGUAAUAAUAACACCAACAAUAUGGGCAACAAAAAGUUGCUCAUACAAGAACUGUAGAGAGGAAA